GAUCUGCUGAUUAGCGCGAAAUCCCAGCUGGACGACACCAACGUGGCCGUGCGACCGACACUGGUGAAGAAUCUCUAUCGGGUUGCCUCUCUCGCGGAAUCGUUUACGGAACAGAGGCCGAAGACUGACAAGGACUGCGCCGAGCUCGCUGACGGACUGGAUCAAGAAGGC